AUUGUCUAAGAAUAUAUAUUUACCGUCUUGUAAUUUGUAUUUGACCUCUUCUCGCCGAACCCUAUACAGAAAUAAAUACACAAUCCUUAAUUCUUAUUAAUUCCUGGUUUCAGGUUAGAAAAUGCAGAUAUGUGUUCGGGCUGUGACUGGUUUAAACCGGAGAGGUUGUGUUCAGAUCAACGCCUGUAUUCAGAGAACGUUUACAAGCGAAGAUCUUUGGACCAAUUACGAGCAAGCAAAGAGCUGGCUUAGAUGCAAGAAAUUACCGCCAGACAUUGAGACGAAAGCAGCGUUUUGUAAUGAUCAGAUAGAUUUGUCCGAGGUUGAGAUCUAUGGGUUUGAUUAUGAUUACACACUGGCUAGCUACAAGAAGGGUGUAGAGUAUCUUAUUCAUGAUAUUGCAAAGGAGCAUUUAGUUAAGAAGUACGGAUACCCGGUAGGAGUAGGAAAGGUUGUCUAUGAUCCCAACUUUGCUAUCAGAGGUCUUCACUAUGAUGUUGAGAAAGGAUUGUUUCUCAAGGUUGACAGUUUUCAUCAGAUUCAGCUUGGAACAGUUUACAGAGGACGAGAGAAACUGUCCGACAAAGAUGUUCUAAAAUUAUAUAAAAGACGACAUUUACCUGUAAAUUAUCUAGAAUCUAGUUUCCUAACUCCUAAACCAAUGAACGUAAAGAUGGUUCAACUAGUCGACAUUUUCUCAAAGCCCGAGAUGAGUUUAAUGGCGGCUGUAAUGGAUUACUUCCAUACAUGCGAGAUAGAAUAUCAGCCGGAAAGCCUCUACUAUGAUAUAUCUAAGUGUAUUGGUUUGGCUCACGCUACAUUCCAUGCUGAGAUUCGCUCAAAUCCAAAUCUGUAUCUACACAAGGACCCUGAAUUAGCUCCGUACUUGAAGGGUCUCAUGGAGAGCAAAAAGAAAAUUUUCCUCAUCACGAAUUCUCCGUUUGAAACCGUGGAUGUGGGAAUGAAGUAUAUGGUUGGAGAGGACUGGAGGGAUCUUUUUGAUGUGAUAGUUGUACAGGCCGGGAAACCUCAUUUCUUCACUAACAAUGCACAACCUUUCAGAGAACUAGAUUUAACUAGGAAUGUCUUCCUUUGGGAUAAGGUUCAUGAGUUGGCUAAGGGAAGAAUAUAUGCUGGUGGAACUUUAAAUCAUUUCCAGCUUCUGACCGGCUGGAAGGGAGGCAAGGUCAUGUAUUUCGGAGAUCAUCCGUAUGCAGAUCUAGCAGAUGUUACACUGCAUCAUGGUUGGAAAACUGCUGCAGUUAUCAGGGAACUGGAGAAAGAGAUUGCAAUGAUGAAUACAGAGGAGUUUAAGUGGGGAGUUAACUGGCAACAAGUUCUCAAAUCUCUAAUAGAGGACCACCAGGACGUUCAAGAACCGGAGGCUAAGGAGGUUAUAGAAGCUUGGAAGAUUGAGGUGGAUGCUGUCUCCAUGAGUUUAAGAAACAUGUUUAAUCCACAUUUUGGAUCCAUGUUCAGAUCUCACAGUAAUCCUACAUACUUCUCCAGGAAACUUUUCAGGUUCUCAGAUAUCUACACUAGCCGAGUAACCAAUCUUGGACAGUACAGUCUCAACCAUACAUUCUAUCCCAGGAGAGGAGCUCUGCCCCAUGAAUUCAAGUCCUGGUUCGUUUAAAGGAUCAGUGCUAAAGAUGGAUACAGGGGGAGUUCAAGAACUUAUCAUUGAGCUUUGGAUUAGAAUUAUAGUUAUUAGUUAGGUUGGGUUUUCAACCCUCAGCUGUACACUGUACACUGUACAGUACAUUUUUAUUUGAUGACUUUUAAAAAUAAUUUAAGAAAUGUUUGUUUUUUAUUUUCUUGUUUAAAACGUUAACUCUGACGAACAUUUUGGAUGCUUUGCUUACGUGAUAAACUUUCAUUCCAUAUUUAGAUUAAUAAAAAUAAUAAUCAGCA